AUGCAAGUAAGCUACAUAGAAAAGGAGACUAUCGAUGAACUCCGGAUAAGCACAAGUAUUGGAGAUAAGAUAUUUUUCAUCCGGGGAAUGGAGUUGGUAAGCAAAAGCAUCUAUGCAUAUGACUCGGAGAAGAUACACAAAACAUUUGAAGACAGGGUGGACUAUAUUUGCUACUUUAACGAGAUGAUAUUGGCUCUGUGUGGGAAUAUUCUAUACAAACACAGAGUACUGGGAGAAGAGGUGAUUUUGUGCGGUACUUGCCAACUGCUUGAGCCGCCCAUCAAGAUAUGUGUGAGUGGAGGUCCGGAGGAAAAGGAGGGCUAUGCAGUGUGUUUUCUGUAUAGAAACAAAAGAAUUGAAGUUUUUAGCGAUGAUAUCGAAAGGGUUGUUGUGCGCUGCAAAGGGGAUGUCGCAAAGGAAGAUGAAAUAAUAGACUUUGCCAUUGAAGACGGGGUAUCAUGGUUUCUGUCGCAGUCAGGGAGGAUUUAUCGCACACACUCCUUUGUGAUAUCAAGAGUGGUUCUUCUGAAUAGGCCUGUUCGAAUGAUCCCAGAACCUUCCUACUUCGAUGGCACCAUUAAUAAAAUCCUGGCUAAGAGGGGAAGGCUGUAUGUGUGUUAUGAAGAGGGUUUUGAAGUGUACGACAUUGGAAAAGAUGUUUUGGUGCUGAACUAUACAUAUAAGACUCGUGACUUUGAACUUUAUGCUUGGGAGAAUGUCUAUUGCUUAGAGUCAAAUCUAUUGAUUGUCGAUGAGAUGCCGCGGGUGAUUGCAAGUGUUCGUGUUCACAAGAUGUUUGGAGACAUUGGGAUUUCAAGAGACAGAAUCCUUUUUAUUAAAAGGGUGGAGGAAUGCAAAAGAGCUGAUGUGAAGCUGCUGAAGGAAGAAGAUGCAGAUAAAAGAACAAAGGAGAUGUUUAGAAUAGUAGAAAACGACAUCAAGAUCCCCGAGAUUGAACUUUCGGAAAAUGGAAGGGAAGUUUCUGAAAAAGGUUUUCUCAUUGUACAGAAGAUGAUUAAUGAGUUUGAGAGCAAGAUCCUAGAUGUAUACAGAAGAAUUUACUUUGAGCUUGUGACGCUUAAUGAGAGCUUUGGAGAGAAGAUAACAGGGCUGAAUGCCGAGAAUGAUUUAAUACUCAGGAAGGUAGAGGUUCUUGACAGAAGAAAGAAUGAUCUUGUGGAGCGUCUUCAAAAGCUCAGCGAGAAAAUGGAGGAUGUUGUAUCCAGGAUCCAAAUAGAUGGAAGCAAGACGAGGCGUUUGGCCAAGAUGGUUGACAAGGCAAUUGAUGAAAUUUCUUACAAGAAAUAUGAAAAGUAUUCGAGAAUCCUUAAGUUACAAAGGGAGGUGUUGAACAGGAAGAUGGUUUAA